CAAUACGGAGAUAGAGAAAGCAAAACUAGUAGUAAACCAAGAGAGAGAGAAAUGGAAAAUAUUUUUUUUUCAAAAUUGACUCAAGUGUUCAUUGUGGCUCUUCUCUGUAUCUUCAUAUAUCGUACCGAAUCAGCUAUGUCUUCUCAUCGUGAACAACUUUCACUUACCGGGAGGAGAAUGAUGGCGAACAUUCCGUAUCCGUAUGGUGGCAUAUAUGUGAAACCACCACCCUUAAAAAGUAAAGAUAGUAAUCAGAAAGGUACUCAUAUAGUAGUAUAGUAUUCAUAUCUUCUUAAUAUAUUCAGCUAUCGAUCUCGUUUUAUAUUUGCAAAUUAUCCACAGUUUUCUUGUCAAAUAAUUAUUCACUUCUUCUCAUCAAGAUUUGAUGUAGAAAUAUUUACAGGGAAGAGAGGGGAGACUUAUUAUAAGCCAAAUAGUGAAAUAGGCACUGGACCAUCACAUAGUGGACAUGGUGGUAGCAGCAUUGAACAUGUUUCCUCUCCUUAGUUUGAGCAAUUAUUAUCUUUCAAAUAAUUCGAGGCCAUUAGGCUUUGAAAAAUAAAAACUAUAUAGCUAUGAAUGUAACUCUAAGUUUAUGUGUUCUUAAGUCCUAUAUAUGUACUUUUGUAAUAUAAUAUGGUAUAUUUUAAGUGUUUUAAGCAAUAAUUUUC